UCACUUUGCACCAAAAUUAAUUAGAACGGCUUGAAUGAAGAAAUGCUCGUUCAUCUGUUUACGCGCUGCCACAAAUAAAGCAGCUACAUGCAUGCCUCUCAGUCGGUUUUGUAUACUUCUUUCGGCCUCGUGUGUACCAGAAGCAGAUCGGUUUGAAGUCGCUCACUGCCAAAUUAGCGCCACGCUAUCUCGUCGGUCCGUGCGCUUUUUUUUCUGCUGCAACACUUCGCGCAUGGCAUUGGUUCGGUCUUUCGUUCGUUUUUUCACCACCAAGUUUUUUGCUUCGUCCACACUCGUGCAAUCACAUUCUCGUUGAAAUCGCAACUUGAGUAAGUUUCAACAAAACUUUUUUUUUGUCAUUCCCCUCCAGUUCCCCGUUGAGUGUUGGUUCCAACCUUUGGACGGCCAAACACACCCCGAAUUCAGGAACGAUUUCAAUCGAUUUUGCUACAUUGCUAUACACUUACUUUAUCAUCAAAACUCGCACUUUUCUCGACCUGCUCGACACACAACACAACACGUCGGCAUUUGCCUUUAGGCUUUGAUCCUGAUAGAAAAGAGAGCAUCCAAGUCGCAAUAUGGGUGGAGGCAAAGCAGUUGAAACGCCGUCGCCGAAAUCGCUCGGCUCGCCGCGGCAGAAAUUCCCGACGGCUUUUUGGGAGCUGCAUCCCUUUGAUGCCAAGGCAGACAAGCACUCCAUGCCACUGGAGGUCGGCAUGAUGAAGUCCAAGAGCUUCAAGGUACUAAGUAACUUUAUCUCAAAUUACGACUCAACUCGCAAUUUAGAGUUUGCAUUAUCUUGACGGCAUAUUCAGGCCCAUAGCGAAGAGAGUCUUGAAUUUUCUCUCGAAGCAGGUUUCCGUAAUCACAUUCAUUUUCAUCUAUCAAAUCAAUUCCACACCAGGAUCUGAAGCGACCUUCGCACGGGGAGAAAUCCGUGGAGCGACCGGUGCAGAGGUCAUCGCCGAAAAGCAGUCCGAGGAACAAGCACUCGCAGGAGGCGCAGCUGAUUACCAAUAUGAGCAUCUGCUCCCUGACGAACUGGUACAAGGAGCACCCGCAACAGUCGGCGUCCAGGAAAAAACCCAUGCCUUCGAGCGUGAAAAAGUAGAAGGGAUAUUGGUCAUGGUCACUUGAUCGUGAGUGUCGACUUUCUUCACUUUGUUUUCGGGAAAUAUCAGCAGUCGUUUCUCUGUCAUAUUGCACUGUAUACAAUUUUUCGCGCAAAAGACGAGGAACUUUUACCACUUCACUUUACGGUUUACUUGCAAAAAAUACACUAUUCUUACAUUACAUCAUCCUUCUACAUUCGUGAUAUGGUGGUUUGCCAUCAUUUGAAAUCGCUCGCUAUUGUACCCCAUAAGCGCAGCUGAAUAUACUAAACUUGUUUGAAAAAUUUGUUAAACGAACAACCCACGCAUACAACUUUUCCAUCCGGUGAGGUGGCAACUGGUCCACCGAGAAAAGAGUCUGUUGCUUCCUUCCCCGGCAACGGCUCUGUAGGAUUCGAAACGCGUCAUUCCAAAUUACAGGGUGAAUAUUUAGGAUGGAACGUUUGAGAAAAACAUAAACAGC